AUCGUCUUGUUCUUCGUCCGAGUGUCCCCCUUCUUCUUCUUCGUCGAGUCCUCGCACAACUACUCGAUGAGAACAACGAUGAACGUCAAGUCCUCUUCUUCCGAGCCCGACGGCAUGAACAAAGGAGGAAGAGAGUGUGCCGGUUGCAGAGGGCAGCGCACAAGAAGGAAUGCACGUACCAGGAAAUAUGGAGGAACUCCUGGCUCCAUCUGAGGAGGAAGAGAGUGUGCCGGCUGCAUUCACAGACGAAUUGAUGGUUUGGCAUGCAGAGGGCAGCGCACAAGAACAAAUGCACAUACCAGGAAAGAUGGUGGAACUCCUGGCUUUAUUUAAGACGUCACCAGGGUUGGAAGAAGACCAUGAAGCAGGCGAGCAAGCAGCAGCCCCUGCAACAGGCUCAGCAGCGGUAGCGGCAGCAGCAGCAGCCUAUCCUGCAGAAUACGUCGGGGAGCUUGAGUUUCAGCAGCAACAUGUCGCUGUUGAGGGAGGAGGGCGAGGAGGUGUCGAGUUUGGCUCUGUCCACUUUCAAGGCCAAGGAGGAGGAGAUCGAGAGGAAGAAGAUGGAGGUCCGUAUCCUCUCUCACUUGGGUCGGAUCAAGGGAGAGACCGAACGCAUGACCACUAUUCGCAAGAAAAACGGCAGCGGAGAUGACGGUGGCCAGGAUGAAGCUGUUGAGGAACAAGAGAUAGGCAGUGCUGAAGCAGAUGAGGCGCGACAUCACGUUGCUUCUUCAGUCUGGUCAGGACGCCACAGCUCAUGUCCGGGUACAUCUAGUUCUUCCACUACGAUUUGCAUUUGGUUAUUGCAUUGGCAGUUGGUGUGGUUUUUUGUAUUGGACGGAAUUCAUGUCUGUUGAGAAAUUGGUCUUGAGCAAAAAGGUUUACUCUCAAAUUUCCAGUGGUUUUUGUACGUCUAAUUUAUAAUGAGAAUGCUUUGAGAGUGCUGAACUUGAAAUAAUCAUAUCGGUUUUUGGUUGCAUUCAGUCAUUUGUAUCACUCGGAGUGAAAAAAUAAAAAUUCAUAUUCGGAUGAAUCUUUGAGAUUUUGAAU